GGCCUUCAUUCGGUCUUUCUCAAGUUGUAAGCGCACCAUCGUUAAACCGUUUACCCGCCUCAGCAUCAUCCAAACUUAAAACAUCUUAAAUCAUGGCAAAGCCAAGGGUUUUCUUCGAUAUUACCGCAGACGGCAAUCCGGUCGGGAGAGUGAUCAUGGAGCUGAGAGCUGAUGUUGUCCCCAGGACAGCAGAGAACUUUAGGCAGCUGUGCACAGGAGAGCCUGGCUUUGGCUACAAAGGAUCCACUUUCCAUCGUGUCAUCCCUGGCUUCAUGUGUCAGGGUGGUGACUUCACAAAGCACAAUGGAACUGGUGGAAAGUCCAUUUACGGAAAUAAGUUUGCUGAUGAGAACUUCACCCUGAAACACACUGGUGCUGGUAUCCUGUCUAUGGCCAAUGCUGGUGCCAACACCAAUGGUUCCCAGUUCUUCAUCUGUACAGCUGCUACUUCAUGGCUGGAUGGCAAGCACGUUGUUUUUGGACAGGUUGUGGAGGGCAUGGAUGUCAUCAGGAAAGUUGAGGAAUAUGGUUCUAGUAGUGGAAAGACCAGCGCCAAGAUCGUCGUUGCUAAUUGUGGCGAGCUGUAAACACCUCAACCACCAUUUUCACCAAAACCUUAGUCUAGUUACCCCUCAGUACUCCCUCUCCUAAAUCUUGCAGUUAACCGCAACAUUCCUGUCAAACUUUUAUAACCCCACAUCGUCCAUUUGUUUAUGACGAGUUGCCUUUAUCUGUUUUCUUUUACAAAUGAAGUCAUGUAGGCUUAUUUGUGUAUCAAAAUUCUGAAAAUAAAGGGGAACAAUGACUUUGUUUAUUUGUUUUUUGUUUUUACACCCUUUUCAUUUCUCUUAAUGUGCACAGCCUCUGCUCAUAUUUAAGGCUUGGUUAAACUUAAAACUGUAACCUUAUCCGUUUCUUAUUAAAUGCUGUAACUCGGCAUAAUGUUUUCCCUGUGUAAAGAGGUAAUACUAUCUGAGAGCUGGCACGUGUAAUCUUAGCUUUGUGGUUAAUGGAUGCCAAUUUAAAGUUGACCUGAUUGAACCUGUAAUUCAACCAUUCAUCAUGUGAUGUAAGCUGAAUUUAUUAAAUUGCUUUGCACCUAA